AUGUCCCAGAAGCUGUACCUCAUUCUUCUGGCCGAGAGCUACACCUGGCCUCAUUACAUGGCUGCAAUCAUUUGGGAGCUUCUGGGUCUAAACUUCCAAAAUGAUGCCACUGUUUUGUUAGGUGACAUGGUGCUGGCUGUUGGCUGGGUGCCUCAGUGUUUUCCCAUGAAGUCUCUUUCGAUAAAACAAUUCUCUUCCCUCACCCCGCCCUUCAAAUGUACCGUAGUGAUGGCUGCAAGAAAUAUGAGUGUGGAGACAAUCUUUGUCCUCUUGGGUUUCACAGAUUACCCAGAGCUUCAGAUCCCCCUGUUCCUCGUGUUUCUGAUCAUGUACAUCGUCACCGUGGUAGGCAACCUCGGAAUGAUAAUGAUCAUCAAGAUUAACCCCAAGUUUCACACCCCCAUGUACUUUUUCCUUAGUCACCUUUCUUUUGUUGAUUUUUGUUACUCUUCCAUCAUUACGCCCAAGCUGCUUGAGAACUUGGUCAUGGCUGAUAAAAGUAUCUUCUAUGCUAGCUGCAUGUUGCAGUACUUCCUAUCCUGCGCUGCUGUGGUGACUGAGUCCUUUUUGUUGGCAGUGAUGGCCUAUGACCGCUUUGUGGCCAUUUGCAAUCCUCUACUCUAUUCAGUGGCCAUGUCACUAAGGCUCUGUGUCUUGCUGGUGGCUGGGUCAUAUUUCUGGGGCAUGUUUGGCCCCUUGGUACUCCUUUGUUAUGCUCUCCAACUUAAUUUUUUUGGAUAUAAUGUAAUCAACCACUUUUUCUGUGAAUAUACCGCUCUCAUUGCCGUCUCGAGCUCUGAUACACACAUUCCCCACCUGCUGCUCUUUGGUUUUGCUACCUUCAAUGAGGUGAGCACGCUACUGAUUAUACUCACUUCCUAUGCUUUUAUUUUUGUGACUGUACUGAAUAUCCGUUCUGCCAGCGGGCGUCGCAAAGCCUUCUCCACCUGUGCCUCCCACCUGACGGCCAUCACCAUCUUCCAUGGGACCAUCCUUUCCCUCUACUGUGUGCCCAACUCCCAAAACUCUCGGCAAACGGUCAAAGUGGCCUCUGUCUUUUACACAGUGGUCAACCCCAUGCUGAACCCUCUGAUCUACAGCCUGAGGAAUAAAGACGUGAAGGAUGCCUUCUGGAAAUUCAUAGACACAAAAGUUCCAUCCCACUGA